GCGACCACGUCAGAUCUGCGCGUGACAUCGUAAGCCGUUCAUCUCUUCGCGAUUAUCUCUUCUGACGGCUGUUAUCCGCGCUAAGAAUCCUCGUCCCUGCCGGCUACCGAGACGUAUUCCUCUUGCCCGCACGCAUACAGCUCUUUGGCCGAGCGGGAUGGACAAGACGAGCAGGCUCGUGUUGCCGGCGUGUGCGCUGUGCUGCCUGGUGUUCGCCGUGACGAGAUGCGGCGCUGAUCGCAUCGACUUCAAGCGCGAGGCUGCCGGCCGGCUUCAAUCCAUCACAAACCACACGGUGGAGCUGAUCGGGCCGUGGAUCUACAUCGCCCGCUACCUCAUCUACUUCAUGGCCAAGGAGCCCGUCAGACCGGAUUUCUUCUAUGAUUUCCUGGAACAAAGAACUCAGCCUACAUUUAAAAACCUGAUCAACCAGGUGCGUAUCCACCAGCCGUACAUCUACCAGUUGUUCCAGAUCAUCCUGGUGUUGACCAACAUUACGACAGUCGUGUCGAUCUCGAUAGUCGGGCUCCGCUCCGCCGGCACCUGCGGCGCGUCCACCAGCCAGGACGUGACCAUCAACUACCGCCUGCUCUUUCACACCUACACGGCGUCGGCCCUGAUCAUCUGCGGAUCGGUGAUUGUCGGUGGCGUCUUCGUCCUUACGUGUGACUACCGCAUCAACAGCGGCGUAGACCUUCUGGGCAUCUUUGUGCAUGGCUACAAAAACACCAUCAUGAACUUUCUCCUGACGGACGUUGUCAAUAAUUCUGAAGUGACGUUUGCGCGCAUGGUUCAUGGGCUGGAACAACACCACCUAUCGCUACGUUCCUCAGAGUCGGCCUCGGAACCACGUGGCUACGGCUUCCUGGCCAGCAAGCAAGUCAUGACGCGGAUACGGGAGUGGUACGGCGGCAGCACUACCCUCCUCAACUACACUGACUUCGUUGGCCUGCUCAGCGCGACCAUUCACAAACAAGCGUACGCUCAGGCAAUACAGCAACGCAUUCCUGGGAUCCGGACACUUGCACAGAAGCUGGACAACGGAUCCUUGCAGAUGAAGAUCGACGUCAUCCAAGCACUCGAAGACUCGACGCUGUUCCAACGUCGAGCGCUGAUACUGGAAAUCACUGAUCUCAUCAGCAAAGUCAGGGGGCAGCUUUACAUCUUUACGCACGAAGUUGAAAACAUCAAGGCUGGCGUGGAGAAUAUGACCAGUAUAUUGCUUAGCCAAGGAAACAACCUCCUGUACAUUCCGAACCUACAAAAGGUCGUCACCUGGUCCAUCAUGAGCUUCCUGGGGUUCCUGUGCCUAAGCAUGGGCGGCAUGAUGACGGGCUUCAUCCUGGGCUACGCCAACCACGAGGACCACGCCUCUCCGAUGGACCGCAACAGGCUUUCCAACAUCGGGGGAUAUUUUCUCGUGCUCACGAGCUACUGCAUGAUGCUUGGCGUCACGGGCAUGCUGUUCUUCUCGGGCAUGUUCAUGCUCCUGGGCAGCAUCGGAGACCUGUACCUGUGCCGGGCCACACGCGGGUACGCUCGCUCCAGCGAGGGCCAGCUCAAGGACCUGGCUGUCUCCCUUGUGAUGAACGCCACCGUCAACCGCUACCACGUCCUCAAGCUGCUAAGAUACAGCACAAUAGAGAAGCACUGUGUGGAGCACCAGGGCAUAGCCGGUCUGGCUGGCAUUCACCCAUCGGCUCUCCAGACUGCCUUCGACAACAUUGUUCUCACCCAGUACGACCUGGCGAACCACUUCUCGAUCAACAUAGAUAAGCUGAUGGACGGAAUGACGGUUCGGGUGAAAGAGCUCAAGGAUUUUGACUACGACACUACUACCUUGAAGUUGAUAGACAACGGGGCCCAGUAUGAUAGUUUGAAGAAAGAAAUCAAACAGGAAAUUGACUUUGCAAGCAAGGUUGCGAGCGAUACAGUAGGUUUCAAGAAAAUGGUUGAAAAGGCCUUUCAGGACUACUCUUUGGUAAAAUGCGACGAUAUCAAGAACGACUUACUCAGUUACAUAGACAUGUUUGACAACAUAGGAAAUUGCCGAAAGAUAUUGGGCGUAUUCGAAGAAUCGUUUCGGAUCCUUUGCAACGGAAUGUUGGACUAUGUCAACGGUUUCUGGCUGGCGAUGCUGAUUCUGGUGGGCGUGUUCGACUACGCCAUCUACAUCUCCCUGGUGGCCUCCAAGUACCUGUUCACCAUGACCACCUACACUUACGAAGGCGAGGCCGUGCCUCCAGGGACGAAUUUUGAGGAUCUCCAAACACAUCGUAGGCAGAAGCCAAGGAGAAGGAGACAAGCUGAGCAGUCAGCGGCUGUGACUUCCGACCAGAAGCUCAGGCUGGAAAUGGCCGAGAAAUACAGAGUAAUGCGUCUGAAAAGGAUGUCCAGAGAACCCGACGCUGUUUUGAAAGACAUCAGCCCCACUAUGCUGCAGUCUCCGCUGUCCAUGAGCGAGAUGCAGCCGACCAGCGUUCCCAGAGACAGGUCUUCCUCCGUGCUGCCCGGUUUGCAGCCGGGCCCGGUUCGUGCGGUAACACCGGGCCCGGCUCGUGCGGUAACACCGGGCCCGGCUCGUGCGGUAACACCGGGCCCGGCUCGUGUGGUAAUGCACUUGAGCCAAGCCAAGCCGACGGCCGCGAGACCGCUUGCGCUGCGAGCGCACAGCGACGAGCUGGCGCCCGAGUUCCGAUAGAAACCCGGCCACCGCCGAACAUAAACGCAGCGUCGUUUCUCGAUAACCGCCCCGCGUAGGCUUCUCUCUGUUUAUUUGCUUACCGUGCGACUCUACUGUUUGUUCUCGAUAUUUCACGUUCGAUUUCGGUUAGUAUUAAUUGCGCGGUUGUCUUUUUUUCGGAA